UUAUAGGGCUAUAUAAUGGCGUCUUGGGGUCAUAUCGAUGAGGUUCUGCAUCAAGUGUCGACUUCGGCAGAGUAGCCGCUAUGAAGACUUUCACAUCACUCACUGUUGCCCUCCUGGCAUCUGCCCAAGCGGCGUCAGCAUUCCAAAGCUGGGUCGGAUCAAACCUUUACUAUGCCGCAGGUCUCGAUACGGACCAACAAGACACCCUCCUCUGCGCCCUCUCCGAAGCCGGUGUCAAGGUCCUCCGCGUCUGGCUCGAUGGCGAAGAAGCGAACCAAAAAGGGACCCAGCACGUGGCUUAUCCUUCGCUCGAAGUAGACUACAUCGGCGAUUGGGAUGACACCGUACUUGAGCGCUACGACGACUUCAUGGUCAACGCCAAGGAUUAUGGCAUCAAACUGCAGAUCUCGCCACAUAGCUGGAAUGCGCUGGACGCAGGUGAUGUAUAUACGGAGAAGUUUGGCAGGGAGGGGUUUUAUAAUAGUAGUGAGGCGGCGGACAUGUACAAGGGAAGGAUUGCCCAUGUGUUGCAGCAUGUAAACAAGAACACGGGGAAGACAUGGGCAGAGAGCGGGGACAUGAUAUUUGGAUUUGAGACGCAGAAUGAGGCAAUGAAUGGGCUUGGUGCCGAUUUUCUCCAGCAACAUAGCUCCUGGCACUGCGACAUCGCCACUGCUAUCAAGUCUGGCCUUCCUGCCUCGACCGGCGAGGGUAGCAUCCCACUGGUCAUGACCGGCGGUGGAUGCUGCGACGAUACCUCUGUGCAAGACGCCUACUUCGACUGCGAGGCUCUUGACGUGAUUGCCAUCCACACCUACGGCCCGUCAGAAUUCGCUACUGAUAGGCUGACCCCAUUCGUUGACAAGGCCAUAGACGCUGGCAAGAAGCUCCUCUUUCAGGAAUGGGGCGUGUGCUACUUCGAUACUGAGAACAACAACUGUCCUGAAGGUACUGCGUUGAGUGAUGAGGACAGAGCGGCGAAUCUUACAAAGUGGGCUGGCGAGAUUGGAGAGGCAGGUAUUCCGUGGAUGUAUUGGCAAAUCAUUCCGAACGAUGAUCCUCACUACGGGUAUGACUUCGAAAUCGGGACGACGGAGAACAUCUUUGAAAGCUUCAAGGAGGUUGCGCUUGCUGCGAGGGAGUAUGAGACGCCUUUUGACUUCAGUCCUUGGUUGUUGUAGGAUUGGAAUCUGGAGGAUUAUCCAUUGUAUAUAAUUAUAACCCGGGAAGAUUAACUUAUGCGGCAAUGAAGUGGAAAUUACAGAGGGCAUGUACAUAAAAUCACGUUUUUAUUGGUCUCAAGUCUGUUGGACAGUAUGUCACCUGAAAUACCCACCCAUUCAUAGGCUUGUACAAUGCCAUCCAUAUAAGCGCCCAAACUCCUUGUGCCAUCUUCAACUGGCUGUAGUAGAACAAGUAGAUGUAGAUGUAAAAGUGAUCGAGACCUUAUAUCUUUACGCUUGCCUGUGCCUUCAGAAGAACUUUG